AUGGAUGAAGAUGACAAGAAUUCUACUUCUUUUUUCAAGAAUACCAUUGAAUUAUUUCAACUUAUUGACGGAAGGAAAUAUCAAAAUGGCAACAAGCCAGUUUAUCUGCUACCAAUGGAUAAUAUAGAAGCCGAAAGAUUAAAUAAAUUGCAUAACAUUGUACGUUAUAUAUUUAAAGGGGAUUUUUCAUCUCCACUUAAAGAAUCCAUGAAAUCUGGCGGCAUAAAGACUUUAGACAUUGGAUGUGGUUCGGGUUCUUGGAUCGUAGAUUUAUCAACCGAAAACACAUUAUCCACUUUCAUAGGAAUCGACAUGGUGCCGAUUUUUCCCAAAAACUGUCCACCUAAUUCCGCUUUUCUCCAGUGCAAUGUACUGCAUGGUAUACCAUUUCCUGACAAUACUUUUGAUUUUGUACAUCAACAAGGUCUUCGUCUGGCAUUCACCCGUAAAAAUUGGAAGACGACAAUAGAUGAUAUUUUAAGGGUCACCAAACCAGGAGGAUGGGUAGAGUUUUGUGAAAUAGAUUCUUAUGUACGUAGUACUGGAUCAAAUAUGAAAAAGCUUACUAAUGCAG